AUGUCGUCUUUUCACCCUCUACCCCAUUUGCCAUUAACACGCCGGCUAGUUACCGGGCAUACACCAGAUGGCAAGGCAGUAUUCACUCAUAACGACCAUAUCAAUUCUGUUAGUCCACGCGCAGACAUUACAACUGAGAAUGAGCAAUCAGUUCCGGGGUUUUAUCUCAUACAUCGAACGACCAACUAUCCCGUUGAGCCACAGGGCCCAAGAAAUGAAUUUUCUACUGAAAAUCUCGCCCGUUCAAAGCAUGCGCAAGGAAACAUUGUUUGCGAGAUAGUCGAUGUUCCACCGCUGUCGGCUUCUAGUGAUUUAAGCCAGACGAAAGAACCGGUGUAUAUGCAUCGUAACCAAAGCUUAGACUAUGGAGUCAUCUUGAAAGGAUCAAUCACUCUCAUUCUUGACGAUGGCGUGGAGGAGACUUUGUCAGAAGGCGACGUUUUUGUACAAAGUACGUGGCAACUUUCGGAUAUCGAGGACGUCGACGCAGGUGCCCAUAUUGAAAACAUCGGCGUGCAGGGAGAAUCAAGCAAUCCUAGGUUUCUUCCUAAAGCAGUAUCUCGAAAACUGCAAAAGUCACUAUCACAAGCCCCUAGAAAUGGUAAACAGGUUGUUAAGAACAGGCUAUAUGGAUCAGGACCCCCAACCCAUAAUUUCUCGCCUCCAAACAAUAAUAAUACAGAGCAUGUCAUCUCGCACGAAUUUCUCAAAAAUGACCCGGCCUUUAAUCCAGCGAGAGUGCCUGGCCACAAAAAUCCUUCGACGGCCAACGUACCCCGAGGUUCCAAAUUGUUGCACGCGAAUGCGAAAAAUACGACCAAAGGCAUAGCAAGGAGCGUACUGCAUCCUCGCCGUUCAAUUAUCCAGCACUAUCAGGGGAAAGCUGCGAAGGGCCUGUCAAAGGCAACUCGGCCUUAUUUAACACCCCAGGCCGAUCGAGAGUUCUUGGCUGAGUACGAUGCUCUUUUCGAGGCCGAAUACUCGCGGGCCAGAGGCAGAGGUACCGACCACCAAAAGACGAAUGGAACGAUCUUUACGAAUGCUCUGAGGGGGGUUAACAUGAACAGAGAAGAGGGACAAAUUGAUGAAAGUUGGAACGAUGACUCUCGUGCAAUAAACUAUGAACUUCAAAGGAAAAAAGUCGAAUUACUCGAAGCUCACCGACAGAGUUUAGCAGUGGCAUGGAUUACAAGCAGAUAUAUCAAGCGUGUCCGCCUGGCUCCAUGGCUGAAGACUCAGUAUCCGAGCUUCAGGGAUGAGAGCUUUAGUGAAAGAUAUGGUGAAGAUGGAGAGACUCGUUUCAGAUGGGAAAAUUACCUGGGCGAACUUUUAUUAUACUUUUCACAGUCUUUCACGGGGCGAUAUGAGGACGACGGAGCCUCAGAGCUGUCAUUUGACCCUGUCCCGUUGGUAGAGCGCCUUGUCAUGUCUACGGAACCAUGGCAGGCAUGGUUGAUGAGCUUAAGAGACUUAUACCGAUGGGAGAACCCACGACGAACAGGGCUUUGGUACGCAAUCUUUGCUGUUUUGUGGUACACCCAGCACGUCGUUGGUUUCUUGUACGCAUAUAUCAUUUUCAUUGUGGUGAAACGGCGGUUUUAUCCAACUGAUAUAACAUCGAUGCGCGAGUCCCUCAACCGAGUACUGGAUCGUAGAGCUCAGGCACAUCGCUGUGGUGAAUUGGUCUAUGUGUAUGGCCGCAAGAAGUGGCUUGAGCCUCUGAUGGACGAGGCAGCCCCAUUUAUUUAUAUCCAACUCUGCGAUCUCGCGGCAAUUCUGGAAGUGCUCCGAAACUUCUACCACUGGCGCAACCCUGCAAAAACGGCUGCUACUCUAUUGUUUUUCUCAUCUUGUUUGCUUGUGGCGUUGUUUGCAAGCAUGGAAUAUUGCAUGAAGAUCUUCUGGUUCGUUGCAAUUAAUACUUUUUUCAUCUGCUGGCCAAUUGCUAGUCGGCAUCCUCGAUACCGUUAUAUUUAUUCGGACUGGGCAAUCGGGUUUCUACAGAAGCAUGAAAUUCUUCGUCGUCAUGAAAUGUACACUCAUGAGCUAUCUCAUGGGGGUCAUUACUCGAAGAAGACCGCUGAGCAGAAAGAAACCUUCGAAGAUGCUGUUGAGACUCAAGAACAACGUGCUGCACUACACGAUCAAACAGCCUCCAAGGGCAGAUAUAACAGCGACAUUGACUCUUGCAAGAAUUCAAUAUCCUUUGCUGUUUUCCGUCACGGUCACCAAGGACAUCUCAUCAUCUCACCUGAGGGGCUCAGCUUUAUCGGAAAGGACCAUUCUCUCGCCGCUCUUGACCCAACGAAGAAAAAGUGCAACUUGGUCCAGGAGAUACGCUGGUCGUACGGAUUCGGCUGUCUCGCCCAGGUGACUAAGCGAAAUAGCCCUUUAUCCUCCAAGGUGGCUGGUAUUGACUCCGGCUUGGAACGGCUUGAAUUGGAGUUCUUGGACCCCUCGAUCGACGACCAAACGGGGAACCCCUCGGCAAAUAGUCAGGCCAUCAAUAACGGGGAGAUACGAGGGAUUCGCACAAGGAUGGAGGUUUUGAAUCUGAACCGAGCCGAGAGAGACGAGGUGUUCAAUCUCAUUGUCGGAUGGAGCAAAACCAAAUGGCAAGUUUUGGGCGUGCCGAGCGAGAAGGCGAAGAAAACGAAGCCAUGGCAAUGA